AUGAAGAACCUCCCAAUAGUCGGCGAGAACCCGAGCGACAUAUGCAUAUUUGCGAGCAAAGUAAAGAACGCAGUUGAGACAAUCAAAGCCCUGAAAAAAUCGCAGUAUCUCAGUUCACCUGAAACGCUGAGAGUUAUUGUAGACAAGAUGCCGACAUCAAUGAAGUUCGGUUGGUUUGCCUACCACAGAAGCAGAAGAGAUGAAGAAAUUCAGGAGCUAUUACUCGUCGAAGCGUUCCUAGAAACAGAAGCCGACAUGUGCGGAGACUUCGCUCCGCCUGAAGCAUCAUCAGAACAAAGAAGAGGAAUAAGAAAUUCCGUCCAUUUGGUACAAGAAGCGUCAAAAGAAAAAUAUAAGAAGUCAUGUCCGUUCUGCGAGGAAGAACACUUCGCACUAGAAUGCAAGAAGUUCAAAGAAGCCAACCUGAAUGGGAAAUGGGAUAUGACCAAGAAGGCAAAGAUAUGCUUCAAGUGCCUUCGAUUCAAGCACUCAAGGAUCAACUGCAAAGCCCCAGUCUGCAAGCUGUGUAAAAGAUGGUAUCAUACCGUCUUGCAUUCUGACAAACCACCAGCACCAAUAGAAAAAGAAGCAAAAAAUAUCAGUAGCACAUCAGAAGAAAAAGUCGCCUCAAUUCAUAACGCCAAGGGAGAAGAAAAGGCCUACCUGAAAAUGAUCCCAGUGAACCUCUAUGGCCCAAAAGGACAAGUUCGCGUAUUAGCACUACUAGACGAAGGGUCAACGGUCACGCUCUUAGACGCAUCAAUUGCUGAGAAAAUCGGAGUUGAAGGGAAGCAACAAAAACUUACAAUCGAACCGUCGGCGAGAAAGUGUUAA